AUGUCGGUCGAAAUGUCCGAACCGCUUUCUAAGCGGCCGUACUCCGCCACCAUCACCGACUCCCCUCCUCAAUCUACUACUACUACUUAUUCCGCUUCCGCUUCUGUGCCAUAUUCUGACUAUCGAAAGCUCCACGAUCACGUCGCUGCCCUCACCGACAUCGUCUCCGCGCUCCUCAAAGCCAUCGGGACCGGAGGAUCAAAACCACUCAAUGACAAGGUGAAAUCCCUCGUUCCGGUGAUCCCCUUGCUCCCAGACCUCUUGCCUCCGACGCCACUCAACCCGCCCGCCUUCUCUGCUCUCUCCUGCUCGACCACCGCCCCCACGUCAACCGCCUCCGCCCCGUCUGCUCUGGAACUGGCCAAGCAGGCCGCAACUCUCCUCGACAAAGCCACCCGUGCCGUGAUUGAAAGAUGCCCCGAUGACCACUCCGACUCCAACCAAGACCUCAAGGACACUGAAUUCGUUCAGUCCUUCGCCAAACGACACGGACUCCCGGUGCCCUCUUCUGCCUUCAGACACAAAUGCGCCAGCAAAUUCAGACCGAUGAAGAUCCAGUUCUCCUCCUCCUCCGACCGCGAUAGAUUCAUGUCUGGAUUCAAUCGAGCCAAGACCAACGACUCCUCCACCUCCUCUACCCAGCCACCUCUUCGCAUCCGUCGGGACCUCACCUCAGAAGAACUCGCAACCCUCCGCGCCUCCAGGAAACAUGUCUACGAUGAAAACCUAAAAGCCGGUAAAUCCAUUCUACUCAUGAACGAUAUCUCUUUCAAAACCAAUCCCCACCCUCGUGAUUUCCGUCCUUUUUAA